AUGGGGUAUGACAAGGGGAGUUCAGGAUGGUACUUGAAAUCAAGUAGGACUCAAUAUGCAUCUACAGCACCAGCCUCAGCUGCAGCCUCAGUACGUACUGGGCUUCAGAAUAUUAAAGAAAAGGUUACAUCCUUUGAUCAGCGUGUCACUCACAUAGAAAAGUAUCAGGCUAGAUCUUCUAGGGGACGUGAUCCCAUGGAUAUUAGCUCUACUCCUCAAAGUGGAGAUGAUGAUAAUGACUCUGCAAAAAAUGAAGGAGAUUCUGAAGAAGAAGGUAAUGAAGUAGAUACUGAAGAAGAAGGAACCCAAGAAGAAGAAGAAGAAGAAGGGCAAGGAGAUGGCUCUAAAAAAGAAGGAUAG